AUGUGCCCUUCCGGUCGCAUCCUCAGCCCCCAAGCUGCUGCCAUCGCUGAUUUCCGCCCCGCAUUCGAUGUUCUCGACGCCGACCGCGAUGGCAAGAUAAGCCGCGACGACCUCCGCGCAUUUUAUACCGGCGUACGUGGCGGAGUCGACGGCGGAGAUGAGUUGAUCGGCGCAAUGAUGACGGUGGCCGACACAAACAAGAACGGGUUCGUGGAGUACGAGGAGUUCGAGCGCGUGGUGGCAGGAAACGCAGAGAUAAAACCCAUGGGUAGUGGGGCCAUGGAGGACGUGUUCAGGGUCAUGGACAAGGACGGCGACGGCAAGCUCAGCCACCGCGACCUCAAGACUUACAUGGCCUGGGCGGGCUUCCCGGCCACCGACGAAGACAUCAACGCCAUGAUUCGCUUCGGCGACGGCGACAAAAAUGGCGGUGUUACCUUCGAUGGUUUGCUUCGUAUUUUAGCGCUUGAUUCGGCCGCCGUGAAUUAA